AUGAACCAAGCGUCAUCGAUAACUAUGGAAUCGUUACCUAAACAGUUUGUUUCAGCCAUGCGUACACUGUUUGAUAUUAUGGAUGAUAAACACACCGGGUACGUAAAGCUGAAUGACAUAGAAAAUCGUUGGCGAGAUGAUCGCACGAAAGGACUGCCGCGAGGUGUUAUAGAGAGUCUUCAAAAGGUUGCUUCACAUGAUGGGUUGCUUACUUUUGACCGAUUUUGUACAGGACUUAAAAUUUGUCUUCUACGUAAUCAAGUUGAAACUACGACAAAUACUACAGAAAGAAUUAUUAAUAACAACGGCGAUAGCACCGGAAUUCACACGCAGCCAAUGAAUCAAAUUCAUCGCCCUCCUUCAGCUCCUUUACUAGAUAACAACAAUCAACAAAAUUUAGACACACCUUGGAAUGUAAUGAAAACGGCAGAAAAUUCAUCACAACACCGGACUAUCAGCAUGCCUCACUUGAUGUCUCGAAAAGAUCAACCAAUGUCAGAGUUACGACAGCGCGAAACACCCACAGCUGUUUCAAAUCAAGACUCCCACAAAACCUACGGUCCUCCAAAACCGCCAAGAUUAGAAAAAAAUGUUGCAACAGAACGUAAAGAAACGACAAGAUCAAGUUAUAAAACUGCGGACGAAGCAUCGCUUGACACUGAAGAAUUGAGUGGCGAGACGAAAUUGGAUUUUGAAGACAUAUCAAGAACUGUAGAUGAGCAAGGUAGAGGAUUAGGGGACGGCCGGUCGGCUAACGAAACUCAGUCACAAUCACAACUAAGACGCACGUCCCGCCGUCGUGAACCUCGUAGGCACACCCUGCAUAACGGGGUAGAUUAUAACUUAUUAAAGCGCAUGAAACAGAUUGAACAAGAGAAAGAUGUUUUAUUACAAGGUUUGUCAGCUGUCGAAGAAGCACGAGAAUGGUACUUAAAGCAGUUAUCUGAAGUACAGGAAAAAAUGCGUUAUGCAGGGCGUAUGGGAGCGUAUGUGGAACCUUGGAGUGAAGCGCACCAAGAAAGGCUAGAGCUGUUGCGAGCACGCGUACUGGAACUAAACCGCCAACUGGGUGCACUGGCAGCGGGCUGGCGGCACGGCCAGCUGUCACUACACAUGAACCUUGCCUUGCCUACCACAGCCCUCGUAGCUAACCACAACUCCAAUUCUUCGGUUCUUAAAUCUCAAAAUCGAAUGCUUGCAGAGGAGGUGAAUAGAAAAAAUGAACGAAUAUCAAUUUUGGAAAGAGAAAAAUCGGCACUUAUUAGAGAACUGCUUCUUCAAAGAAACAGAUCCAAGUUAAUUGAAAACUUCUCUUAA